AUGUCUCAAAUAACCCCCCAAAUUCCUAUCGACAUUUUAUAUGAAAUUCUUGAACAUAUAGAGGAUGAUAGGAUGACUUUAUUCUCAUGCUUAUUAGUUAAUCAUAUUUGGUGUAAAAUUUCUGUUCGUAUUCUGUGGAAGAACAUUCAAAACUUUGAUACCUUAGUCGCUUGUCUACCUAAUGAAUCAAUAGAAAAAUUACGUAGGAUCUCAGUAUACGUUACAACCCCAACUAAACCCUUACUAUUUAAUUAUGCGAUUUUUGUAAAAUAUUUUUCGUUUGAUGACAUUAAUGAUAAAAUUGGAAUGUUCACGGGCUUUUUCACUUCAAGUGUACGUAAAUUAAUUAUGCUUGAAAUAUUUGUAAUGUUAUUGAAUCAAGCUACUUUAAAAAAUUUGAACAUAAGAUUAAAGCAAAUUCCAAGCAUAGAUUUUUCCAGUUAUCCUAAAGCAACCAAUUGUUUAAAAGACCUUACGAAGAUUAGCUAUCGUUCAGAUCUUUGCUCAGAUUUUUUAAUGCAGAUGUCAAGAUUUUGUCAAAACAUACGAUCAAUGGACGUCAAACUUAAAUCAAAUAUUUCAGAAGGAGUAUUGGAGCUGAUAUCAUCUCAGAAAAAUUUGAAGAAAUUUAGAGUAGUCUUACUAAAUUGUGAGAAUUUGGAAGUAUUAAUACCCUUAUUGACAAAACAUUCAUCAUCAACUUUAAUAAAAUUAGAAAUUGACACUAUUCAAAUAACCGAACCGUUUACAAUCCUCAACAAAUUCUUAAAUUUGAACGAGCUCAUCCUGAAAUAUCAUAGCGGUCAUUUGGAUACAUUACAACCCAUUACUUUUUCAAAGUUGAGGAAUUUAAAAUUUAAGAGAGAUGUUCCAAAAUAUGAGUAUAUGAUAAAAUUCUUACGGAUCAACGGUUAUGGAUUAGAAGUCUUGGAGUUUGGUUGUUACUGCCAUAAUUUGUUAAAUCUGGCUAUAUCAGAAUUUUGUCGAAAUUUAAGAUCAUUAGGUACCAUCUUUAUAAAAGAUGAAGGAGAAACUCUUUUAUCAAUUUUGAAAAAUUGUCAAAAUUUGCAAAGCAUUCACCUUAUUAGGUCUGAUGAUCGUUAUUUGGAGGUGAAACAGAUUUUUGAGAUCAUCGCAAAGCAUUCCCCCAAAACUUUCUCCGAGUUGAAAUUGAAUUUUGGAAUAAAUUCGAAUUUAUCUCCAAUAGAUCUGGAUAAUUUUUUCAAAAAUUGGUCUACAGCCAUGAUUAAUAAAUGGCGUUGGUCAGCAUUCCAAAAACCUUGGCUAGCAUUACAAGCUAAUUUUCCAAUCGAGUCGAUUUAUCAUCUCGAAUUGGCGAAUGAAGCAAUCAAAGUUGCCAAGAUGAAUCGAAUAUCUCGAUGGAAAAAUUUCAAGGCCCAAUUUAAUUAUGUAGAUCUGAAAAUGGUAUGA